AUGGCAAUCCCUCAACCCCUCGACGGCCCCGUGCGCAUCGCCAUCAUCGGCGGUGGCAUCGCCGGCCUGACGCUCCUCCUGGCCCUCUUGAAGCACACCUCCCGUGACAUCCUUCAGCCGCACUUGUACGAAGCCGCCCCGGCGUUUUCUGAGAUCGGCGCCGGGAUCGCCUUCGGGUCCAACUCCCUGCGCGCGAUGGGGCUCAUCGACGCGGAGAUGAUAGCCACCUACAACAAGCACGCCACCGUGCAGCCGGACGAAGGCGCGCUCGAGCGGAAGCUCUGGUCCAGCUACCGGAUGGGGAUGGACGGCCAACGGCGUCCGACCAACACCCUCAAGGCCGGGGACCAUAUCCACGAGACGCGCGCCUCGGUGGCCCGGAGCAGCGUCCACCGCGCGCGGUUCCUCGAGGGGAUGACCGAGCUUCUCCCCAAGAGAGCGCAGGAGAGUUAUGUCUCCUUCGGAAAGCGACUCGUCUCUUUGGAAGAGAACCCCGACGCGAGCGUGACGGCCCGGUUCGCGGACGGCACCGCCGCGACGGUGGACGCGGUCGUCGGCUGCGACGGGAUCAGGUCCCGCGUCCGCCAGAUCUUGCUCGCCGGCGAGGCGGAGGCCGAGCCCGUCUUCACGGGCAAAUACGCCUACCGGGGCCUGAUCCCCAUGGAGGAGGCGGUCGCCGCGCUGGGCGAGUACACGGCCCGCAACAAUCAUUUCCACUGGGGGUAUGACGGGCACGUCCUGACCUUCCCCAUCGAGAAGGGGCAGACGAUGAACGUGGUGGCGUUCCGCACCAAGGCGGACGGGGUCUGGGAGCACGGCGCGCAGUGGGUGCUGCCGGGCAAUAAGGCGCACAUGCUGCGGGACUUCGCGGGCUGGGGCCCGGAUGUGCAGGCCAUUUUGUCCUUGAUGCGCAAUGCCGAUAUCUGGGCCAUGUUCGACCACCCCCCCGCGCGAACUUACUACAGAGAUGGGCGGAUCUGUAUUAUUGGGGAUGCGGCGCAUGCCAGCACCCCGCAUCAGGGGGCCGGGGCUGGGAUGGCGAUUGAGGAUGUCUUCGUCCUGUCCCGGUUGUUGAAGGAGGUUCGGGACCGGCGUCAGCUGAGCCGCGCAUUUGCGGCGUAUGAUGCGGUGCGGAGACCGCGCACCCAGAGGCUGGUCCGCACGAGUCGGGAUGCGGGUCUGUUGUACGAGUGUCAGAAGCCUGGGGUGGAGGAUGAUCUUGACAGGAUUCGGCAGGAUCUGGACGAGCGGAUGCAUUGGAUCUGGGAUUUGGACCUCGAGGCUCACCUUGCAGAGGCAUUGGACGUCUUUCAUCGAGGAGCGUAG